AUGUCUUCAUCGAGUGGAGUUUCUGGCAUACCAGACCCCAUAGCAGUAGACCCAGAUGAUCCGAUGCCCAUGGAUCCCGAGAUUUAUACAUCUGAUACUGACAGCAGUGAUGAUGAUGGAUUCCAACCUUUUGCUUUGCCCGAUUUCGGGGACGCUGUUCAGCUCGCUGAUGGUAUUCCUGAUGGGGAUCUACCCCUCGUGCAGAUCCCUGCACCUGUCCCACUCGCUGCUUUUCCCAUGGCAGAUGUGCCACUCGAUGUUGUGUCUGAUGACGACAUCAAUCUUUUCAUCGAGGGUCCCCCUGAGGAAGACCAUGAGGGUGGGGCCCCGAUUGCUGAUGAUGUCGCCAUUUAUUUGUCAGUAUCCUCUUCCACUUUGCAUGCCAUCGGAUUGCGUCGAUAUCCUACUGAAUCCGACUCUGAUACGGCUUUGUCAGCUGUACCUGGUUCGCCCCACGAGUUUGAUUUUGAUCCUGAGUUCGAGGAUGAGUUUGAUCCAGUUUUUCCUCCUGAUUUUGAUCCCGAUCACGAGAACGAGUUUAUUCCUGAUGACCAGCCCUUGGAGGCACCAGUGGUUCCUAUUGAUCAGUUUCUUGAUGGACCUGCCGACUUUGAAAUGGCCUUUGUCGACCUUGAGCCUGUUGUAGCACCAGAGCCUGUUAUUGCUCCUGACCCUGUACUCGUGCACGACCCUGUUCUUAUGGAUGCACCAACCAUUGCACCACCUAUUGUUGAUAUUCCCAUUGUUGCACCACCGGUGGCGGAUGUUCCUAUUGCUGAUGCACCUCUACCUGAUCCUGUGCCGGCAUUUGUUGACCGUGCACCUUUUACCACUCACAUCGAUCCGAGAUAUGCCGACACCCGUAAUGGGUGGAUCGAGGAUGAUGAUGAUUAUCCUCCGUUUGUACUACCAGUCACUCCUCCUGUCGCACCCAUCUCUGCACCGAUUAAUGUUGCCCCUCAUUUUCCCCAUGUGUCAGACAUCCAUCGCACCGACCUUCCUAUCACUUUUCUCCAGGACAUUCCUCCACCUCAUCCUAGGGAGGGUUCGUCGAGACAGCAGCCUACUUUUGUUCCGCCUAUGUCGUCAGCUGUACCAUUCAUGUCUCAGCUUCCUCGUACUACAUCACCUUUUGUACCCUUGGGCGAGCCAUUUCUCUGGUCUUCGCCUAAUGUUAUGCCACUAUCAGACCCAUAUCACCCUUUCCAUGUCGGAUAUACCACAGAUGAUAUACUUAUAUCUCCACAGUUACAGCAGGACGCAUUGAGUCGUCGCGUUCGGGAGCUUGAGAGGAUUCCACGUCCUCCCCCGUGUCACUGUCAGACUCCUUUUGCUACACCACCAGCUCCUCUUCCACUACCCCCUGAUUCUGACAUCCGUUUCCUUACUCCUGAGCAGCAGAUUGCUUAUCUGUUGUGCGUCAUCCAUGCACUAGAGGAGGAUUGGGUGCACAUGCGCCGUCUGAUUUUCUUCCCUCCUCCUCCUCCGCCAUCAGCGUAG